AUGUGGAUAGGUUUAUUUAUUAAGAUUUGGAUUUUAAAGAUCGUAAUAUCAAUGAGAUCAACAGGUAUUCACAAUCUUGUUGAAUCUGAUGUCACACUUGAUGAGCAGAUGAUAAUUGCAGGUGUAUCCGCCUAUCAGCAUCAAUUUAAGAGUAAACGAAAUAAUGCUUCUCUUUUAAUUCCUACUAAAGGUGUAGCAUUAAAGGAUUCAACUAAUUAUACAAAACAAAUUAAUUUUGGCAUGAUGAGUGACACUUUAGUGCGACAGAGGAUUAAGUAA